AAAAAAUAUAAUGACUGUCGCAAUGAUGCUGUGCCGCUUCAUGUCCUCUAGAGGGGGGCAGACUUCUUCCUAAAAUGCAACCAGUCUGCCGUAAAUCACACGAGGAAGAAGAAAGAGGAAUAACAACAAGACCGUUUGACAGCUGACGCAGUGCAGGAAGAAAGCUUUCCAUUUGGGAGUACUAUGAAAAACUAAAUUAUACCCUCAAGUUACUCAUAAACAUGUUCCGGCUGGAGACUUUUGAGAGUCAGAUAUUUGCUGUAAUGGAGUCUCUGGUGGAAGCGGCGGUGACGGAGCUCAGCAGACUUUUGGACAAGUGCUCGGCUAACGGUAUGGCCGCUCCGCGCUGCUCUGCUCCGCCAAACGGAGAGGAGGAGAGCAAAGCGACUCCACCUGAGGAGAGACAGCAGUUUAAUAAAGUUAUAACGAACCAGUUUGCAUCCCUCAUGGAAGCAAGGACCAAAGAUGCUGUAGAGAAAAUACUGAUGAUGUUGAAAGUGUCCAUGUGUGAAGCUGAGGAUGGUCCUGCUGCAGAGCAGAGAACUGGGCUGAAUGACAAGACAAAACAGACGAGCAUGAAGCCAAAAGCAGGGCGAGUGGCCGGACCCAAAACGCAAUCAACAUCCAGAAGCUCUCAUCAGAGGAGAAAGAAAAUCGAGGGAGGACUUGAACCGGCAAUAAGACAGGAGAAUGACCAAGAAGAGCAACAUACUGAAGAACCAACAGCAGCAGCAGCUGACUCAGAAUCAGUGAUCAAACCCGCUGAUGCAGCCACACGUGAGAGUACCUCUGGGUCUCCAUCUGAACCUGAAGCUGUGUUAACAGAGCCCACCUCAGAGCUGGCCUCCGACGUCCAGGAGGAUACAGACACUUCAACUACCACAUCCAAGAUCAAAAAGAAGUCCACGGGGCCGUUCAAAUGUCUUUCUUGUGAUAAAUCAUUUGCUCAGAAGUGUUUGAUGGACAGACACCACUUGACUCACUCCAAACCUCACCUUUGCUCUGAGUGUGGCAAACGUUUUGCUGGACCGCAGGGGCUCAUCGCGCAUUCAAGACGUCACACUGGAGAGAAGCUUUACAAAUGCUCAGACUGUGGGACGGGGUUUGCUUACAAGUACACCUUCGACAGACACAUGCGUCAGCACAGCCUGAGAAGACUGAAUACCCAGACGUGCGCGCUGUGUGAGAAUCAGUUCGCCGGGGUGUCGGCGCUUCAGCGGCACAGGUGUUGUGCCUUAAAAAAGACGUUUGUCUGCUCGCUUUGCCCAGAGACCUUUGAGUGCAGACAGAGUCUGGCCGAUCACGAGAAUCUGCAUUCGGGGGACAAAGAUUUUGUCUGCGAAAUGUGCGGCGAGAGCUUCUUCUCGUCCCCGUCCUUGGCGACUCACCGGGUGACUCACAUGCAAAAGGAAAACUGCUGCGACGUGCUCGGCCUCGGAUGCAGCGACUUGCGCGUCCUCAAAAUUCACCUGAGCAAACACACCGGCGAAAAACUUUUCACUUGUGAGGUUUGCGGUAAAGGGUGUAGUCACCAGAGCGCUCUGAAGCACCACAUGCUGACCCACACAGGAGAGAGGCCGUACGUCUGCGAGACCUGCGGCAAACGCUGCGGCCACGCCAGCGCGCUUCAGAACCACAUGAGGAUCCACACCGGGAAGAAACCGGGGCAGCAGCCGGUCUGCAACGUGUGCGACAAGAAAUUCAGCUGCAUGGUCAAUCUCAAAUAUCACAUGAGCAUCCACACAGGGGAGAAGCUUUACGCCUGCGAUCAGUGUGAUAAAAAGUUCAGCAACCCCAGCAAUCUCAAGUUACACAUGAUGAUCCACUCGGGGGAGAAGAUGUACGGCUGCAACAUCUGCGGCAGGAGGUUCGCUCAGUCCAGCAGCCUCAAGCUGCACAGACGGAUCCACACAGGAGAAAGGCCGUAUCGCUGUGUGGUCUGCGGGAAAGGAUUCGUGCACAGCAGCGACUUUAAGAAACAUCAGAAGGGACACCUGCCAGAUGGGCCAGGAGAUGGACAGUUUGAAAAAACUGCAGUGAAAAUGUAAAACAUGUCACUGCCGUACAGUCACUUUGUGUACUUACAUGUUGACAUACUGUACACUGGCGAUUGGGCUGGGCAAUGUGAAGAUAAAUACUGUGAGAUGAUAGAGAUUUGUUAAUUGUCAAAGAUUUUUCAAUCAUGUUUAUACAGAGCUGUCAAUCCCCUGGCUGUAUUAGACCAUUGCAGGCUUCAUUGCAAGUAUAAAGUUCACUAGAUUGACCAAAAACAAUAGAAACUUUGCACAUCUGGUUAUAUUGCCUAUAAAUCUCAAUUGAGUUUCCAGAAAAUGCUCUGUAACACAAUGUAAAAUUACAUACACUGCAUGGCCAAAAUUCUGUAGAGACACCCAUCUGUGAUUGUUGAACAUGUUAUUCCAAAUCCAUGUGCAUUAAUCUGCUGCUACAACAGCCUCCACUCCUCUGGUUUCAGGCUUUGCACAUUUUGGAACCUGGCUGCAGGGAUUUGCUCCCAUUCAGCCACAGGAGCAUUAGUGAGGUCCAACACUGAUACUGGGCGAUAAGGCCUGGCUCUCAGUCGGUGUUCCAGUUCAACCUGAAGCUGCUGGAUGGGGUUGAGGUCAGGGCUCCAUGCAGGCCAGUCAAGUUCUUCCGCACCAAACUAGGAAAACCAUUUCUUUAUGGGCCCGAAGGUGUUGGGUCGAGGUGCAUUGACAUGUUGAAAAGGGCUUUCCCCAAACUAUGAAAAAUAUGAUUGUAUGCUGUAGCAAUAAUAUUUCCCUUUGUUGGAACUAAGAGCCCAAACCCAUGAAACAGCCCCAGACCAAAAGCACACACACCUGUGUAGUCUGGAGUGUCCAUAUACUUUUGGCAAUAUAGUGUAUACCAAGUUUGAAGCUUUUAGUCAUAUCGCCCAAUCGUAACUGGAGACUGGCAUUAUUGUGAAGGUUUUUCGACAACAUUUGGUCAGAGGUUGAAAACCAUUUCUUUAACACGUUCUGUUCCAGACGUGUUCAAGCAAUGUAGCGUUCCCCUGACAAAACAGUAUUUUGUGUAUUCAUUUAAAAGUUAACGUGAUUGCCUACAAAAUAUUUAUAAAGUAACCACUGUGUUCUAAUUGACUUCUCAAAAGUUAAACAUGUCUUUUAAAGUUUGUUCUCUGCUGUCUUCAUUAGUAGCUGUUGAUGCUCUGUCUUAAAGCAGUGCUUGCUCUCUGUUUAAUGCUGUUUUUUUUUUUUUUUUUCACUUGAUUGGUUUUACUGGAAUCACACAAAUUACUUACAUGUGGGUAAUUUCCUUUUGUCAUUAAACAAAGGAAGGGGAGGAGGAGGUAAAUGAGGUCAAUAAAGAAAGCAGAUAACCUAAGCUAA